CUGUGUGUGCUUACACAGGACUCCUGUCGCCGGUUCCCUCCGAGUCUCGGGGGCCAUGCUGGGACCCUGUGUACUUGGUCAGAGAACCUGAAUGAAUUACAAGGAGCACAGGUGGGAGAAAGUCAGGAGCCAGUGAUGGAGUUGCCACGGCGGAGAGUGAUCCCUGCGUCCCAGUCCCGCCCUUCAGACAGUCACUCCCUCUGCUACAACAUAACUGUCAAUCCCAAGGCCAGACCCAGACAGCAACGGUGUGAUGUUCAAGGUCACGUGGAUGACAGGAGGAUUCUGCACUGUGACUGCAGCUUCACUAAGAUCAGCUUUUUUGACCCCCUUGGGAGGGAAGUGGAUGCCAUUGACAACUGGGCAGAGCAGACAGAAAUGCUGCGAGAUGUGGUGGACGCCCUCAACCAGCAAGUGGCCGAAAUGAAACAUUCCACAAGCAAGGGUGAGCCUGAAAGACCCUGGGCAGAGGGCAGGUUUGUGAACCAGGACUGAGGAUUUCCACGUGCAGAACUGGACACUGCUCUUCCUUUGGAGGCCCAGCGACAAGGUGGGAGUGGUAGGAUCAGGGCCAGGUGAUGCAAAGGGGACGGGAAUGCAGGAUCCCAGGUGGGGCAAAGGGUCUGUCAAGACUGAUCUGGG